GACUCCCAGGAGGGAUGGUGGAGUGUCACAGCGAAAGGAUUUACUGAAGUACCAGCUGAAUACAGGAAAAAUACCUAAAGGAGGCUAGUUUACAACUGAUCACUUUUCAUGCUGGAGCAAGCGAAACAAAAAAGAUCUGGUGAAGGAGCCGAAGAGCACUUGGAUGGGAAUAAUAUUCAGCUAUCUUAAGGAUUGUUGUAAGGAUCGUAAGGGCUGGAACCAGCUACCCAUCAACUUCUACCCCCUUCCCCAUGACUGCAUGGAUUCUGCAACCCCAAGAAUAAACUUUCCUGGGAUUGACACAAGGGAAUGAAGGAAAGAUCUCAAGUCCUUGUGUCUGUGGAGUACUCAAUCCAACCCAGUGUAUGUGAAACUUCGAACAUUCAGAAGUUCUGUAAAUGGAAAGAAUUUAUAGCCUAGCCUGGUAUGUCCCUGAUAUACUUGAAAAGGAUUUUUUGGAGUGUGUCUGUUAUCUCUGCCAUAUUAAUGAUAUGGUAUGUGGCAGUCCCCUCCCACACUGUUAUAGAACAUAUAAACUGGAUACAUUUCUACGAGUACGAACUGGUCUACAAGCAGAAAUUUGUCUUCAUGCUACGUGAGCGAAUAAAAUGUGAAGAGAGCAACCCAUUCCUGGUUAUUUUGGUGACUUCAGUGCCUAUGGAUGUGGAGGCGAGACAAGCCAUUAGGAUAACGUGGGGCUCUCAGAAAUCCUGGUGGGGCAACCAGGUUCAGAUACUGUUUUUACUGGGCCAAGGAAGAGAAAGAGACAAUAGUUUAACCUUAUCAGUCGAAGAUGAAAGCAUUCUCUAUGGAGACAUAAUCCGUCAAGACUUCCUUGACACUUAUGACAACCUUACCUUGAAAACUAUCAUGGCCUUCAGAUGGGUGGCUGAGUUUUGUUCUAAUACUCAGUAUGUUAUGAAAACUGAUUCUGAUGUUUUCAUCAACACUGGCAACUUAGUGAAAUUCCUUCUGAAAUCAAAUGCUUUGGAAAACUUCAUUACUGGAUAUCCCUUAAUUAAUAAUCCCACUUACAGAGGACUUUACAAGAAACGAUUUAUUUCUUACGAUGAGUAUCCAUUUAAUGUUUAUCCUCCAUACUGUAGUGGAUUUGGUUAUAUCCUUAAUUCCAGACUGGCUUGCAGGGUUUAUGAAAUGAUGAAUCAUGUCAAACCCAUCAAGUUUGAAGAUGUUUAUGUUGGGAUUUGUUUAAGUAUUCUUGGUGUGAGUGUCUACAUUCCAGAAGAUGUAGAACUUUUCUUUUUAUAUCGCAUUAACUUUGAUAUCUGUAAAUACAAGCACUUGGUUGCAGUACAUGGCAUCUCUCCUCAUGAAAUGAUUAGGUUUUGGCAAGAAAUAAUGAAAGAGACUUCAGUUCCUUGCCACUGAUGCCCUCUGACAUAGGUGUAAACUACAUGGGGGCUAAGGGGCUCAAGCCCCCUCAGAUCUCACAUGAGGGUCUCAGUUACAAUAGCCGAUGAAACACA